CAAAUCGUCUGAUGGAUUGAGCCCUUGUGACAUCCUGACUCAUUACAAAACUUUUAUUCGAGAAUAUCUAUUGACUCAUUAAACCUGAGCUAAUGGAGCUGAUUUGAUAUUUUCGGAUAAUAUAUUUGUUUAUUGACAGUUGUUGCUAUUCUUCAAUUUAUCAGGCGAACAUGCUCACAUCCAGGAGUUCGAUUUCCAAUUCAAAAAUCGUUUUAGCAAUUUUUCUGAUUGUAUCGACAUCAAAAACAACUGGGGACAAAUUAGAAGAGAAAUUUCAACUGGUAAACGACCUAGAGGGCAACUGCGAAAAGCUGCUGGAAGAUUACGCGGACAAAAGUGCCACAUACAUGUACUGCGCAAUCCUAAAUGCAAGACCCUUCACGUUUUGCGAAUCAUGCGUUGGAGGAUACUUUGAAGUCUUGUCAACAUACUUAGAUAUCUAUGAGAGCAAAGACAAUGAAACAGGUCAGUCGUGCAAAGAUAAAUUGCUGAAUCGAGACAGGGUGGAAAUUUUAGAAGAAACCUUUAAGUCUCUGGCAAAGCUCUGGGGACGAAGCUCUUGUGAUUAUUGUUUCGAGCUGGACAAAAAUGGAACCCUGACCAAAAACCUCAGGAAUUCGACCAUUGAAUUCAACAGGCGGCAUAAAAUUGCUCAAGACUGCAUUGAUGAACACCGAAACGAUUCAACUAGCGUUUGUGAAACUUGCAAAAAGCCUUAUCACAAUCUGAACGAAUUUUACAACAAUGAUAUCAAACUGAAUGCAGAGGAAUAUGAAAGCGGCAAUGUCUGCAUGGACAUAAUUGAUUUGAUGAACGCGACUCGCAGCAUUUGGAGCCGAGAUCUGCUAUGCUUGCCACACAGGAAUUCGCAAGUCCCACUCGUCAUUGUUUCAUCAUUAAUAUUGUCAUUGCCUUUCUGGCUCUAUGGUAUUUCUUUUUUCUCCCAUUACAUUAGAAGUCGUUAUUUUUCUAUACCUAGCCACUAGAGAGGUAAUACUGACUUAAAAUAUCUCUUCAACAGUCACUAGGAUUUUUGCAGAAGGUACUGCUAAAAUUAUUUUUAAUUAGUAAGUAAUAGAUUAACUGAAUAUUGUAUAGCAAAAACACUUAAAUAGCUGUUAAGACUUACCAAUUACGUGAUUCCAGCUAAAAAAUAAAAUGUGUAGAUGGUUUAUUUAUCAAAAUAUAUUUAUUUCUUGAUCGAUGCCAAUGAAGGCAGAAGCACGCGAGGUUCUCAUAAUUGUCAGAAGAAAUUAAAUGCGGCUUCCUGGUUGUGUUAGGUGUAGAAAACUAGAAAAAUAAAAUUUCUUGCAUACAUAGUUAUAAUUAUAUAUAAUUUUUUACUGUUGUUAAGUAGAGUGAGUUGUCAGUAAAGUGGUCACAUGAUUUAACUAAAAUAAUAUGUAAGACAAUGUCAUGCACUUUUUAAUUAUUUGAAAUGGAGUCCGCCACUAAUUGCGUUCCAUUCCAACUGUUGGUAAAAUAAAAUGAGAUUUACUUAUUUUGAAAAUGUUUGUAAUAAAAACCGUUAAAAGUUAAAUAACAAA